AUGGCGUCUUCCUCACCGAUCUCCUCCGAGCUCUCAGAAGCAGGGGGCCCCAUGCUCGCAGAUAUCAGGGCAGACAAGAAGCUAACAGCCACUAUGGUCACUAAAAAAGACCUUCAAAAUCUGACUGCUUCUCUCCACGAGUCCAUCGCCAAAGCGGAUGGAGGUGAUGGCGCACAACACCCGCCUGGAGGCCCUUGA